CGACGCGCGUUGUUUCUCCUAAAAAUUAUUGUAAAACGCCGGAGUCUACGCGAUCUACAAGCGCAGUAAACAUGUUUUCGUGAAUAAAGUCAAGUUCGCCGAUACGCCGACAAGUGGGUUAUCAAAAAUUUACAUUAUUCGCUGUUACCGCGAGGAAAAUCAUAUGAUUCCGCGAACAAAAUGUAUAAGUUUUUGUGCAAGUUGUUUAAGAAAAAAACUGUACGUGAAACUAACGUGACUUUGAUUAGGUUUAAGAAGAAAAAAGAGAAGAUUUUUAAGUAUAAACUUAGGGGCAGGAGGAUCUCUAUCAUGUUGGAUGUUACGUUGAGCAAGCUAGAGGGUUCUUUAGGAUUCAGUAUUAUUGGAGGCACGGACCAUUCAAGUAUUCCCUUUGGGGCCAAGGAACCUGGCAUUUUUAUUUCACAUAUGGUACCUGGUGGUACAGCAGCCAAGAGCGGUAAACUAAGGGUAGGCGAUCGAAUCCUGAAAGUCAACGGCACCGAUGUUACGCAUGCCACUCACCAGGAGGCAGUCAUGGAACUUUUGAGACCUGGAGACCAUAUCACACUCACUAUUCGACACGAUCCUUUACCUGAUGGCUACCAAGAUUUGAUUAUCGAAAAAGGAGAAAAUGAGAAACUUGGUAUGCAUAUAAAGGGCGGUCUCCAAGGUCAGAGAGGGAACCCUCUAGAUAGAUCAGAUGAGGGUGUCUUUGUCUCCAAAAUUAACUCAGUUGGAGCUGCAAGACGAGAUGGAAGACUCAAAGCUGGCAUGAGAUUAUUGGAAGUCAACGGAAAAUCUUUAUUAGGUGCCACGCAUCAAGAGGCUGUCAAUGCUCUCAGAGCUUGCGGGAAUAGAAUACAACUUGUUGUCUGCAAAGGUUACGAUAGAGGAGAAGUAGACAAAGCAGUUGCAGAAGGCAGAUUGACCAGAGGUGGAUCUAUAAGUAGUAGAUCGCAAAGCGUUAGUUCUUUAGAUGUUCCUGAUGAAGACAGCCAACAGGAGCAAAAAUUGAGGUCCGAACUAAUGCAAUUUGAGAAAGAAGAAGCAGAGAAAAGACUGCAACCGAUUUAUCAAAGCGAAGAGGAGUUUUCUAUAGUAGAAGCCAAACCCCCUUCGCCAGCCGAUAAGGUGUUGGACGUGGUCCGAGCCGUGGAAACGUUAGCCCACGGCCCAAUGGAGAACUCAGUUCCCCCAAAAUCCCCCACUUCCGAAUUGAAAACGACCACAAUAGUGAUGAGCAAGCACACCUUGGCACCUCAGCAGACAUCGGAGUUAGUGCAUGCUGCCACCUUACCAAAAUCUGCGAAACCUAGUACCGAGGUUGACACAGGAACUUUGCCGCAUACCACAGAAGGUUUCUCCAAGAGUCACACCACAGAAACACAGACACCUGAUGAUCCAUCUUUGAUCACACCUUCCCCGCAAUCAUUUGACACCUUACCAGAGACUUUAAAACAUACGACUGAAGGUUCUUCUACGAGCCAUUCCAUAAAAACUCAACCACCUGAUGAGCCAUCUUUCGUCACCCCUUUUGACACCCUACCUAAUUCUUCAAAACCUAGUACCAGACUUGACACGGAAGGGUCUUUUGAGAGUCACUUCAAUAAAAUACAAACAGGUGACCAACAUUACAUUCCUCCUCCACAGUGUUUUGAUACAACACGCCUUCCUGCACCUUCAGGAAGUGUCGCUGUAUCUAUCCAGGGUCCAACAAUGAGCACUGGGUACCCUAUGGAUCGGUAUGGCAUGAUGUCUCCUCCUCCUCAUCAACAAGUUGAGAUCAAUGUAUAUAACCACACGAUGCCUCAGCAUCAACAUCCUCCGUAUCAAAAUGUAUAUAGUCCGUACUAUCAACCUCUACCCCCUCUAGCACCCCUGAUUGUAUCAGCUCCACAUGUCUAUGGGGUGCCAGCACCUCCUCCAUUAUUGAGCUUCUCUGGGCUACCUCCACCUCAAUCUUCAAACCAGGACACUUUACUUCGACCUCAACCUUUCAAAGGUUCUGAUUUACCGCCGCCCCUACCUUCUAGUUGUCCUCCACCAUUACCAAAAUCUCCUCCACCUCCCUUGCAACAAAUAGUAGACCAAAUCUUGCCCCCUCCUGUUACCUCAGAGGGUGAAGUUCAAAAUGGAGAAUUAAAAAUAGAACAAACCACAGUAUCAGAAAAAGAACAGAACUACCUAGCUGAUACCACAGCUUUGCCAGUGUAUGAAUUCGCUACAAAGAAAAUACCUUCAUCUGUUGAUCCAACGACUUCAAUAAGUACCCUCAUCUAAUUCAGAAGUACCAUCAACCUCAGCGCAAAGAGUAACUUCAUCUCUAGACCCAGCUCUUUCUAUAAAUACCUCAUUCAAUUCCGAAGUAACAUCUACUAGAGUAGAAAAGGAAACUUUAUCUUUUGACCCAGUUAACUCUAUAAGUACUUCAUCCAACUUCGAAGACCCAUCUGCGAAAGAUCAAAAAAUACCAUCAUGUCUUGACCCAUAUCAUUCUAUAAGUACUUCAUCUACGUUUGAAGUACCAUCUGCUAGAGUAGAAAAUGAAACUAACUUCGAAUUCCCAUCAGCUACAGCCCAAAAGCUACCAUCUUUGGAUCCAACCAAUUCUAUAAGUACUUCGCCCAGGUUUGAAGUAUUUUCACCUACAUCGAAAAAAGUACCUUCAUUGCAUCCUGCGAGUGUUCAAUUACCUUCUCCUACAAUAAUUCGUCCCCAGGUACCUCCUCCACCUGUUCCUUCUACAAAACCUGUCAAGAAGGUACCACCUCCUGUUCCCGAGAAGAAACCUGGUCUGAGGACGUUCAAAAGUGAAGAGAAAUUGUUGGAAGAUACACCAAAAAAUAGAUUCCUUAGUAAAGCUUCGCUCAAUACGCGACCUGUAUCUUUAGUUCUCUCGAAUAAGCAGAAUUUGACUUUUGGUAGUGGAACUUUGGGCAAGUUUGGUACUGUGGAAAAGCCCCCUCAUUCGCCAAAUAGCAAUCCUGCUCCAAAACAAUCAGUCAGUGAUAGAAAGAAAUUCUUCGAGACAGCUAUGGAAGAAAGUCAAAAACCCUCUAAGCCAGAAAAAGUAUUCAGUUACUUGAGCGCUGACGAGUUAGAGAAAUUGAGGGCCGAAGAAGAAAGGAAGAUAGCUUCUCUCACUAGAACGGAAGGGAGUUCUGCCAAUGAAUUAGAGCAUUCCGAAGGAGAGUCUACCACAGGAUCGCAACAUUCCAGACCAUCAUCAACUAUAGGCGUGGUUCGUACCGCCAAAGCGGAGCGCCGCCUCCGCGAGCAACGUCGUGCCGCCCGCGGGGGUGGUACAGCCAGCGGUGGGGAAGAAGCAGGCGGGGCAACGGACGACGAUGACGCCAUCUACGGAAAUAGCGGCGCACUAACCGCCGCGGAAGAAAGGGCACUCAGAGCCGAGAAACGUGCCGCGUGGAGAGCUGCGAGAUUGAAGAGCUUGGAACAGGAUGCGAUACAAGCGCAGAUGGUGAUCAAGAGCAUGACGGAUAUGGUGGGGGUGACGGCACCCGUAUUAGAUGAAGAUAAAAAAGGGGAAGAACAGAUCAGAGACAACGGGAAGGAAGUGCCUGAACCUGCAGUAGCGCCACUGCGGCCCUCUAGUGCCGACUUCCCGAAGCUGGCAGUACGCACGACACCCGUGGGCACCAAGGUGCGCGAGAGCGAAAAAGUACUAGGCGAGACGAUCACCAGAAAAACGGAAGAGUACGUGGACGAGACGACAGGCGAGAAGCGCGUGCGCACUGUCGAGUACGUCGAAAAGCUGAUUGAGAGAGAGGUAUAACCACAGCACACCCAGGGAUGUUGACGCGUAAACGCGUGCGGUUUGGCUUGCGUUACGUGCGUUUGCCGCUGCAUGACACUCUACUCUCCCUUCUUUAUAUGCACACACAGUCUGGUAGAACAAAUCCAAGAAAAAAUCGUGUCAUUGGAGCUGACGACACCCAAUCAAGAAGCAGCGAUGCCCAACGGUGACGGCAGUUCUGUCACGCCCACCAAAGAACUGGACACGCCCGCUAUGGAAGUCGACACACCUUCUGCUGAGGUAGACACUCCUUCCACUGAGGUGGACACGCCCAGUUCUCCAGAAAAGGAGGUGUCAAAAGAGGGCGGGGAAGAAGAAGAACAGGAUGAUGAGAGCGUUUCUGAACCUCCCACUCCCACUACUGAUCAGGAAAGAAGUCUUACAGAUGCAGUGGAAGGGGGUACUGGUAAAAAGAGACGGCGAAAACGACAGAAGAAAGGAAAACAUUAGGGUUGAUUUUGCCAUGGAUCUUUUAUUGCUUUGUUUUGGGCUGGGAAUUUUGAGUGAUUUGAUCUUUUUUUUUAAUACUGUGGUGCAAGAUUACGUAAUAAAGCCUUGUUUCAAAAUCUCAGUCUUUAACACAAAAAAUGUAAAGUUGAGGAUUAAAGUAUAAAUAAUUUGUUAUAAAAGAGCAAGCUGCUUGUUAUGUCUUUUUAGUAUUUAGACUGAUAGCUGCAUUUUUACGGAUUGAUAUGAAAUUAAGUUUGACUGAUAUUUGAGGACAAUAUGAAGCAAGCAGGUUGCCCUUCAAAGUGCCAAACUAAUCAGAAUCAGUUUUUUAAUAUACGGAAUUCAUGUUUAAGAGUGCCUUGAAUUUGGUCUGAGCUUAGAGUUAUUUGUUAGAUAAAUUUCGAGUCACUCAGAAUACCAGCAGCUUAAUGAAUUUCUCUGUCCGUAUAGACAUUUUUGGUAGAUUUUUUGUACCAAUUCCAAUUUUUCACUAUUCUUUUUUAAGUGACAUCACAUUGUUUCACCAGGGUGUGUGGGUUCUUUUAUAUCAUAAAUUUAACUAACAAAACCAUUUAAUGUAAGAAAGUAAUUUCUAAAUUAUUUUUUAUUGUACAAAAUAUUUAAAUAGUACAUAUUUUAUGUAUUUUAUUGAACAAUGUCGAUGUAUAUGAAUGUUUUUAUCCAAGGCUUUAGUAUAAUAUCUCUAUUCGGAAAAUACUGGCAGCUGUCAUAUUUUUUAUUAUUAUGAAUUUUACACUGUAUUUGGCUGCCUAGGGUUUCCUAGCGUUAUGUAAGGACAAUAUAACUGAAGUGCUUUGGAACAAGAGACUUAAAUUUUAAUAAAUAUAUACGUUUUUA